ACCACGCUGGGAGAUGAAGAUUCUGAAGAGACUCUUGAAGAGGAUACAGCGACUGGAGAGAAUGAAUGUGGAUGUGAACUCACUUCCACCGAGUCGUUCAUUUGGGUUGCUUGAGGGGAAUGACUUGGCCGUGCAGAUGUACCGACGGGGUAUGGGAUUUUGGAGGCUCGGCAAUCUGUGGAAGAAGAUGAAGCCUCACAAGGCCACGGGCGAAUUUCUGCGCAUUGGAGGCGGAAAUUUGAUGAUUAAAGCUAGAUUGAUGAAUUUAAAUUCUAAAGAGCACAACUGGAAUCCGAUGCCGAAUCUUGAGAGUCUGUCUGUAGUACUCCGCCGCGACACGAUGCGGAUCCGCUCUAAAGAUGACGCGAAGAUAGCAAGGAAUUUUAAAGUGAGAUGCGGUUGGACUGGUCGCAUCGAUGUCGAGAGACCAAUGACUGAGAAAAUGGCUGAAAUUUUAGCAGUAUUUGAACUGUAAUAAACCAAAAGAAGAAGAUGUACAAAGGAGGAAGAAGGAAGAAUAAAAAGAUGACGUUUGGUCCGAUUGGUAGAUUCUGCCUGAUUAGAAGUUACUGUAAUGUUCACUCUUUGUGGAUUUUGUAGAUUGAGGAAAUGGCCAAAUUUUAGCUACAUUUGAACUUUGAUAAAACAAAAGAAGACGUACAGAGGAGAAAGAAGGAAGAAUAAAAGAGGAAGAUAGAUGAGGUUUGGUCCGUUUGGUAGAUUCUGCUUAAAAUGAUGUUUAGUAGUUACUGUAAAUGUUCAUUCACUAUUUGAACUUUUGAUAAACCAAAACAAGAUGUACAGAGGAGGAAGGAGGAAGAAGGAAGAAUAAACGAGAAGGAUGAUGUUUGGUCCGUUUGAUAGAUUCUGCUUAAA